GCAUGGCCGAACUACCUAGAAAGGAGUGCCCAGAUCUCGGGUAGUUAAUCGUGUUUAACUUGGAUUCAGUGGAGAACUAAGACGCGAUCAUAGCUUCCGGAUAUACAGCUGUGUGUUUGAUGGACUUCUGGACGUGAAGCCUGAUGAGCAAAGUCAAGAUAUUAAAGAUCUCGCAACGGAUAUUAAAAAAAUUAUCAUCGCUUAAAGGCAGUCUUCGAUAACCGUACACGGACGUCUCCCCGUGUCUGUAACGUGAUUUGGCGAUCCUUCCAAGUUAAUGUCAUUGUGUCUAGGACAGUAACUACCGCUUUGUCGUGUCGCACUUUGUGGCAGUUGAAGGAGAAUAAAAUAGUUUAAGAUAUUUUUCUCUCAUUCUGAAAAACAAGUUAUACAACAGGCAGGUGUUUACUUGUAGUCAGUGGCGAGGUCCUAAAGACUGCCGUAUAUUGGUCCAGUUACAGGAGAACGUUGGUUUUAGCGUCCAGAUGGUUGAGGUUGGGCCGAAUUCCGAAUUCUUCAGCACCAUGGAAAGAAAUCUGUUAGAGCAAGGUUAAAUACAGAAGUUGCAUAUUCUUUCAUAUUUGAACUUUUUUUUGAUUCUGCUGGUUUUGUAGUUUUGUAGUGGGGGAAACUGGUUGCACAGUUCGAGUAUUUCCAUUUGGUAAUAGCGACGUCAGGAUCUAUUAACACGUAGAUCACAGACUGUUUAGCAUCCUCGGAGGAACCGUAGUAUUGAGUAAUGGUCGUGAAUACGAUCCACUGGUUCAGGAAGGGCUUGCGGCUCCAUGACAAUCCGUCUCUAAGGGAAUCCAUCCAGGGGGCCGAUACUGUGCGCUGCGUUUACAUUCUUGACCCAUGGUUUGCGGGAUCGUCCAACGUUGGGAUAAGCAGGUGGAGGUUUCUGCUGCAGUGUCUGGAGGAUUUGGACGCCAGCCUGCGCAAGCUCAAUUCCCGCCUGUUUGUCAUCAGGGGACAGCCAACUGAUGUUUUCCCCAGACUCUUUAAGGAAUGGAACAUCGCCCGUCUGUCCUACGAGUACGACUCGGAGCCGUUUGGGAAGGAGCGCGACGCAGCCAUCAGGAAGCUGGCCAGCGAGGCCCAGGUGGAGGUGACAGUGCGCAUCUCCCACACGCUCUAUGACCUGGACAAGAUCAUUGAGCUGAAUGGAGGCCAGUCACCUUUGACCUACAAGCGCUUCCAGGCAGUGAUCAGCCGCAUGGGCUCCGUGGAAACACCAGCAGAGGCCAUUACAGCCGAGGUCAUGGGAAACUGCACCACGCCUAUCGGAGACGACCACGAUGAAAAGUUUGGUGUGCCGUCCCUGGAGGAGCUGGGCUUUGACACAGAGGGGCUGGCCUCAGCUGUGUGGCCAGGCGGAGAGACAGAGGCUCUGACUCGUUUGGAGAGGCACCUGGAGAGGAAGGCGUGGGUGGCCAACUUCGAGAGGCCCCGCAUGAACGCCAACUCCCUGCUGGCAAGCCCCACAGGCCUGAGCCCCUACCUGCGAUUCGGCUGCCUCUCCUGCCGCCUCUUCUACUUCAAACUCACCGACCUCUACAAGAAGGUGAAGAGGAACAGCUCGCCCCCCCUGUCCCUCUACGGGCAGCUGCUGUGGCGUGAGUUCUUCUACACGGCCGCCACCAACAACCCACGCUUUGACAAAAUGGAGGGCAACCCCAUCUGCGUGCAGAUCCCCUGGGAUCGCAACCCUGAGGCGCUGGCCAAGUGGGCCGAAGGCCGCACCGGUUUCCCCUGGAUCGAUGCCAUCAUGACCCAGCUGCGGCAGGAGGGCUGGAUCCACCACCUGGCGCGGCACGCCGUGGCCUGCUUCCUCACCCGCGGGGACCUGUGGAUCAGCUGGGAGGAGGGCAUGAAGGUGUUUGAAGAGCUGUUGCUGGAUGCUGAUUGGAGCGUGAAUGCGGGCAGCUGGAUGUGGCUGUCCUGCAGCUCCUUCUUUCAGCAGUUCUUCCACUGCUACUGCCCCGUGGGCUUCGGCCGCAGGACCGACCCCAACGGAGACUACAUCAGGCGGUACCUGCCCAUCCUCAGGGGCUUCCCGGCGAAGUACAUCUAUGACCCCUGGAACGCCCCGGACAGUGUGCAGAAGGCAGCUAAGUGUGUGAUCGGAGUGCAGUACCCCAAGCCCAUGGUGAACCACGCUGAGGCCAGCCGCCUCAACAUCGAGCGCAUGAGACAGAUCUACCAGCAGCUGUCCUGCUACCGCGGGCUGGGUCUCCUGGCAACCGUGCCCUCCAACCCCAAUGGCAGCGGCGAGGGGACGGGGGUCGUCAUGGCCUGCCCUACUGCGGAGGGCCCUCAGGAGGGCGUGGCUUCAGCAGGGUGUCAGAUGACUGUGAAGCCACAGACAGAGUGGGGGGCAGGUCCUCUGCUGUACCCCCAAGGGGACCACCAGCCCAGCGCUGGCGUGCAGCCACAAGGGCUCACCUGUAGCAGUAGUACUGCCUGCUACGCCGAGCCGCAGCCGGGACAUGGUGCAGGGCUGCAGCAGGGUAAGGCUCCCCCUCCCUCACCUAUCAGAAAUAACAUUACAUCACAUCACUGUCAUUUACAAGGUGCGCUUAUCCAGAGCAACUUACACAGGGCACCACACCAGCGCACUGAGCACUGUGAAACGCCACAGCAGCGACGCCCUGGCCAACAUCAACUCCAAGGUCCAGAGACAGAACAGCAACUAGCCAAUCAGGGAUGUCUCCGAUAGAAGGACCUGACUGGAGCACUUCUAUCAAGUUUUUUUUAAUCUAUUACACUCAGUGGGGAAAAAAUACCUUUAAGUGCACGAUCCUUUCUGUGAGCACAUUUCCAUAUUUUUAAUGUUUUGAACUGUAUAUUAUUACUACGACAAUACAAACUUUUGUGUAUAUAAAGUAUUUGAUUAAUUCAGUUCACAUACAAAUUGUAAAUAUUUGAUAUUGUCUUUUGUGUUUAGCUAUAGACCAUUGAUAUAUUUUUGAUAUUGAAGAUAUGACACAUUGCAGAUUGUUUUUUUUUUUCUGUAUAAGAGCUUCAAUACAAGUCAAUAAAAUGCUUUUGGACGGUUUGUAGAUGUGAUCACUUUUGGUGUCCUUGGUGCAUAUCUUCUCCCAAGCGCUGACCCACAGCCCCUGUCAGCAUUUUCCACAUCCUGUUAUAGGUUGGAUUUAGGUUGGGUAUGCUGAUCCUGGAUCAGUUGUUGGGGGCAGAAAGUACUUGGAUCCUUCUCUGUUUGAACUUCUGAAUUUUAUAUGCAUCCAACCACAUCUGUGUGCUUCAGACUCACGUUUGCGCUCUCUCUCUCCAGC